AUGCCUCGCAAGCGCUUGUUGGCAGGACGAGAAGCACGCCAACCAGUCGACGAUGGUGCACACUCAGACAGCGAUGUAGACGGCGGAGAAUCCGUCGAAAGCCACGACCACUACAAGGGAGCUGUCAACCUACCCGCGCACCAGACAAAGCACCUGGCCGAGCUGGUCUAUCGCUUUCCUUCGAUCGACACGUCGUUCCGUUUGAUCCAACGCAACGACACCAACAGCACAGGCUCGUCGCUUUGGCUAUCGUCGCAGGUGCUAGCGUCCUAUCUGCUUCACACAUAUUCUAGAGCACCACAUCAGACCUGUAGCGAUGCUGCACCGCCGAUGCGCAAAAAGGUGCUCGAAUUGGGAUCUGGCACGGGGCUGCUCUCGCUCCUCAUGGCGAGACUCGGCUGGCAGGUGACUGCUACAGAUAUCCCUCCUGUCCUUGACUCGGUGCUGCGACCGAACAUCGAAGCUGGUCUCUAUCAGCUCGUCCACUCCGGCCUGGCCGCACCGGACCAGCUGCACGUGUGCGAGCUCGACUGGACCACCUCGCCCGACAACUGGCAUCCUCAACCCAACACACCCUCCACUCCCGCCCAAUCAGCCCAGAAUCCGGACCUGAUCAUCACAGCAGAUACCAUCUACGAACCCUCCAUCGUGCGACCCCUGCUCUCCACCCUCGCUCACUUCUACCACCGUCAGGACGACACUCGCCCGACCGUUCUGCUUGCCCUCGAACGCCGCGAUCCGCCCCACAUUACAGAGGCCCUGCGAAUUGCUAGCCACGACUUUUCACUUCCGUUCAAGCAAGUACCCGCAAAACGUGUGCGAAAGAUGUUCGAUGCGCUCGGAGACGGUGCCAAGUGGUCCAGAGACGAUUGGGAGGGUGUCGAAAUUUGGAAGCUCUGA